GGAAAGUGUUCCUCUCUGGCUUCCCGGGCAGAGCUGUCUUGACCGGUCGGAGAGCCCGGCCCGUCGCGACGGACUGAGAGCAAGGCAUCGCUGGCACCCAGCGGCCGAGAGGACACCCCGCUGAAGGAUGGCAAUGCGGAGGCCCAAGAGCAGGAGAGGAGCGGCCCAGGCGCAGCCGGGCUCGGGCGAGCCGUGCGUGACUGGGCGGGAGAAGUACCUGCGCCAGGAAUGCGCCACCCUGUCGGAGCACAUCGACCUGUACACGCAGCGCAUGAAGGACUUUGAGGGGCAGAACGAGGGCCUGGACAAGGAGGCCCGGGAGAUCCGGGAGAACAACAAGGCCUACCUGUCCUACCUGGCCAAGCGCACGCUCCGGUGCCAGGACGCCAUCAUCACGCUGAACGACCAGAACCGCUCCGAGCUCACGCAGGUCCUGAAGCAGAAGGAAGAGCUGACCUCGCAGUACACGGACAAGGAGAAGGAGGUGCGGAGCCAGCUCAUUGAGAUGGAGACCAAGUACUCGCUCAUGAACAAGGAGGUCGAGGAGCUGAAGCCCUUCAAGGAGCUGCAGGCGGAGCAGCUGGCCCGCAUCCGGGAGCUGGAGAGGGAGCUGCUGGCCAUGAAGAUCCACCACUCGGAGCAGAUGCACCUGGUCAAGAGCCGGUUCCUGCAGCAGAAGGCCGAGUACGAGGCCGAGUCCCAGCAGAAGGUGCAGGCGCUGGCCAAGCGGGCCGAGAAGGAGGCCGUGCGCAGCCUCAUCCAGCACACCAAGCAGAUCAAGGCCGAGAACCGGCAGCUGCGCGACGAGCUGCUCAGCCUCAUCAAGCGGGCCCACGGCCUGGACGCCAUCGUCCGCCAGCUCAGGGAGCAGAGGGCGCAGCUGCUUCGGGAGAUGCGGUACUGCCAGGGCCUGGCGGACAAGCGCCGAUGGCUCACGCAGAAAGGGCAAGGGCCCCGCGGCCGACUGGGCCAGAACGGGGCCGUGCUCCCUCCGGCCAACAAGGAGCCUGCACCACCACCACCACCACCACCCACAGUGGUCCCCGCAAGCCCACGGACAGCCACAGAGAGCCUCCUCCUUGCGGGAAGGGUCCCGAGACCCCCGAGCGGGCUGUCAGUGCGGCCCAGCAGAAGCCCCCCUGCCGAGGAGGAGCAGCAGGAGUGACCGGCCCCAAGGGAAGAAGCAGAGGGUGAGCUGUCAGUCAUUGGCAGACUGAGGACAGGCCCGGGGACCCCACUUGGCGGGGCAAGGGGCUCUCCAAAGCCAGUCCAGCCACCAGGACCACCCCCGGCUGCCAAAGCAUGCUGGGUUUGUUACCAUCAGCACUGAGGAGAAGGGUGGGGAAGACGUGCAUGAAAACAAAAUAAAGGAUGCCAUGAAUACUGUGUUAAUGUGGGAUUUGUGUAUUAGUAGUGUUUAAAUGAAAUUUGUGUCUAGCAUGUAUUGCAUCAUCCAGGAAAUGCUAUAGUGUGUAAAGAGUUAAUUUGGUAAGAAGCUGUAUUGACCUUGGAUAUGUGGCUGGAGCCAGAGAGGAGUGUCCAGACUACAAGUGUGUUUGUAUAUAGCUGAUUGCAUCAGAUGAGAUCUGUUCUGCUGCUGAGAAGAUCUGUGCUGAACCUUAAAGAUGUCCUUUAAUCCAUUUUCAGUGGGACAGAUUGCACUUUCAGAGAAAGAAGUAGGCACUCAGACCCCAGUCCUGGUGUGGUCACAGCCAUCCUUGUUACACAGACCAAGGGGAAACAUAUCCUCAGCAGUCACUCCACGCACAUUCAUUCCACAUGCAGACUCACCACCUUCUUCGUUCAGGCCGUCUUGGAGGGCUCUGCAUUCCUCGCAGACCUGGCACACUUUCCCAAGAGGAAAGGAUCUCCUCAUGGAGAACUGAUGGAAUCAACAUGUUUUAGCUGGAAAACAACUUGUCAGUCAUUUACAACUGUUGUGAAGACUUGAUGUGAUGACAGGGAUGGAAUCUUUUUGGAUCCCACCACUGCCACCAAAAUGCGAAGGAUUCACCUUCUACCUCUACGUGUUCCACUUUUCUAUAUUAUCGCUGCCACCACCUUUGAAAGAUACUUUGCUCAAAUAAUAAGCAACAUUUGAAGAAACAGUAACUUGUUUAUUUAUAGCACAAAGCUUGAUGGUUGCAAGAAUGUUAUAACUUGAGGUGAACGAUGUUACUUCUGUACAGUAAGUGUUGCAAGAUUUCUCAAUAGUUUCACUGAGCUUAGUAUGGUAUCAGCUUUAUAUUACUUGUUUCUUUCAGUUAGGAAUACUGUCCUUCUUGAACUUAGUUGACCUGUACCUGAUCAAACUUGGAUUGGGGAGUUUAACUGGUUAACCCUAGUCCUCCUUGACUUAGGGAUAUAGCCUCAGCUCUUUAGUUAUUCCUACUAAAGGCUCAGCAACUUUAAUUUUAGCCCUUCUCCGCUAAAACUCUCUAGCUGCUCAACUUCCUCCCACAAUCUCUUUUUUUCGAUCACACUCCUUUCUCACUGAACAGAACCAACUGCUCUGCUCAACCGACAAACUCCAACUGCCCAAUUCCAACUGCUAAAUUUUGAAUUCUAAGGCUUCCACCAGCAAGGUGAAGCCACGCCCCUUUUCCUGGCCAUGCCUUAGAGGCUCCCAGCUUCUGUAUAAGAAUAGCUGAAAGAUAUAACCUUAAACAGUCAACCUAAACAUAGCAAUCAUGAAUAAAACACAAUGAUCAUGACAUCUUUACAGUGUGUUUGUAUAUAGCUGAUUGCAUCUGAUGAGCUCUGUUCUGCCUGCUGAGAAGAUCUGUGCUGUUUGUCUAGAUUGAAAGUCCUGUAUCUAUCAUCUGCAAGUUUGUUUGUCUUGUCAAGUAAAACUUUGUAAAUAUUUUUA